AUGGCAACUCAGCAGGUUUUCAGACUUCCCCAGAGGUCCUCCAUUCACGACCUUCGCCAGGACACCGAGCCGGUCCCCGAGCCCUCCUCCUACGAGGUCCUGAUCCGCAUCCGAAGUGUCGCCCUCAACUUCCGCGACUUCGCUGUCGCGAUUGGAAAGUACCCCUUCCCUGUCAAAGACAACGUCAUUCCAUGCUCCGAUAUCUCUGGCGACGUCGUCAAGGUUGGCAACCAAGUCGACGGAUUUUCCGAAGGAGACAAGGUCAUUGCAGCUUUCGACCUUAAUACCUUGUACGGUGUGAUCAAGGACUCGCCCCGUACCCUCGGUGGUAACAUCGACGGCGCGUUGCGACAGUUCAUCGUCCUUCCAAGCUCCGCGCUUGUCAAGGUUCCAUCGGACGCUCAUCACCUUAGCUACGCGCAGCUGUCUGCUCUGGUCUGCGCUGGAAGUACGGCGUGGAACUCGUUGUACGGGAACGUCCCACUGAAGCCUGGCCAAACUGUCUUGUUUCUCGGAACCGGCGGCGUUUCAAUCACGGGCCUCAUUCUCGCCAAGGCGGCCGGAGCCACGACCAUCAUCACAUCUUCUUCCGACUCCAAGUUGAAGUACGUCCAGGACACCUACGGCGCUGACUUCGUCAUCAAUUACAAGACUACCCCAGACUGGUCUAAGGAAGUCUUGAAGAUCACAAAGGGCCAGGGCGCCGACUACAUCUUCGAGAACGGAGGAGCUGGAACGAUCGCUCAAAGCAUCAACGCCGUCGCAUACGGCGGGUCCGUUGCCGUCAUCGGUUUCCUGGCUUCAUGCCCUCAGGACCAGAUGCCAGAUGUUGCGGCUUUGGCCAUGUCCAAGGGAGCGGUAGUGCGCGGAAUCAUGGUGGGAUCGAGACAGCAAUUGGAGGAAGUAACCCGCUACGUUGUGACUCGGGGCCUACAGGUUCCGGUGGAGAAGGAGUUCGGGUUCGGGAGAGACGAGGUGAUUGCUGCUUUUGAGUACCUUUCUAGCGGAACUCACAUUGGCAAGGUGUGCAUCAACAUUUCCUAA